UUUCUUUUGAAAAUUACAUGAAUCAGGAUGUCUAAGCGAGGUCGUGGUGGAUCAGCCGGAGGUAAAUUCCGUAUCUCUCUUGCCUGCCCUGUUGGUGCAGUCAUGAAUUGCGCAGAUAACACUGGCGGUAAGAACUUAUACGUUAUUGCCGUUCAUGGUAUCCGUGGUCGUCUCAAUCGUUUACCAGCUGCUGGUGUUGGAGAUAUGUUCGUCGCUACCGUCAAAAAGGGUAAACCAGAGCUGAGAAAAAAGGUAAUGCCUGCAGUUGUCAUUCGGCAACGAAAACCAUUCCGCAGACGAGAUGGAAUUUUUAUUUAUUUCGAAGACAAUGCAGGAGUAAUUGUGAACGUAAAAGGCGAAAUGAAAGGUUCAGCUAUCACAGGACCAGUGGCAAAAGAAUGUGCUGAUUUGUGGCCGCGUAUUGCUUCUAAUGCUGGCUCAAUAGCCUAAACAACGUUCAAAUAUGGUCUCAUACCUAAACAUCAUCUAACAUCAAAUGAGAGUUUCAUAACGAUUGUCGAUAUGAAAGAAAAUAAAGUCCUUUCCAAUAUUAAAUCAA